AUCAAGUGAAUGGUGAUAUCCGGAAGAUCUGUAACCUGGGAAAUUGGCAUUGCCUCAAGAGAGAAUGACACCAUCAAAUGCGUCAAUCUCUCUCGUCAAAAAUCUCCAACGAAGGCGCGAUUUUAUGUUUCUGUUGAUGUUGACUUUGCAAAAAAAAUGCUGAUAAGCUCUGAGUCAUUUGAAAGUACCUAUUUUGACUGCAAUUUCGGUUUUAUUUCAAUGUUUAAAAGCUUGUACUGAUUUAACUCCUUUGCAAAGCUGAUUUUUGUUAAUUUAUAGUGUUUGUUUUGUUGAGCUUAUUUGUUUAUAUGCGACGAAAUGACCGGCAAAUCGUCUUCAACGCCACUUCCUGCGGAUUCAUCCUUGCCGGCCCGGCUGGAGCGGCUGGUCAACAACGAACAGUUCGCGGAUGUGGCCUUCCGGGUCGGCGAACCCGGUGAGGUCAUAUUCGGCCACAAGGCCAUCCUCUCGGAGGCGAGCGAAGUGUUUCGGGCGCAGUUUUCCGGAAUGUUCAAGGAGUCCCGGGAGAAUGUACGGGAGCACGAGAUUCCGAUCGUGGACAUCGAGCCGGGCACGUUCAAGGAGCUGCUGCGGUACAUGUACUGCGAGCGGGUCACCGUUACGGCGGACAACGUCGUGGACAUUUCGUACGGAUCGAAGAAGUAUCUGCUGACGAAGCUGAACCAGCUCUGCGAAAGCUUCGUACAGCAGAACGUAACGGAGGACAAUGUGCUCGGCGUGUUCGACAGUAACCGGCGCUACGAGCUGGAAGGGAUCAACCGGAUUUGCCUGGAUAUUGUUUGCGACAAUCCGAUUAGGAUUUUUGCCCACGAGUCGUUUCUGACGCUGGCCCGGGAAUCGGUUCGGUUGAUUGCCUCCCGAAAGGCCAUGAAUUGCCAGACGGAUCAGCUGCUGAGCGCCAUCGAACGGUGGAUACAGGUCAACGAGGAUGAACAGGAGGACGGGACCAAGAUUGUGGCCAUGGUUCGCGAGCAAAAGGGCCGCAGUGUGAUGUGCAAGAAGAUCCACAACUUUGCGGCUGGCCACUACGUGACUAGCAACGGGUUUCUCAAGCCGGCUCAGCUACCUCCAUCACCCUUUAGUUAUGAAACCGCAAGAUCACCGUUUGGCGCACCCUCAAAUAUAAUCGAAAGACCAGUAUUUGGAAGUUUGCCCAUUGUGCCGGCAACUGCACCCAUAACCUCACCAACCCAGAAGACGUUCAUCCUGAAAAUUGACACCGACAAGCCGUGCUCGAUCUACGGCGUCGGAAUCUACAUCAAAUGCAAACAGUUUGAGCAAACCGUCACCAUGGACAUUUCGGUCGAAAGAACGGGCAUGUUUCCGACCAAUGAGAAGCGCACCGUAACCGCGCGAGAGGACCUUUGCGUCGAGGAAGUCCUGUUCCAGAAGCAGCCCAUCGAUGCGGGCGUAACGUGCACGAUCAAGGUGCAGAUGCACCACGGCAUAACGUCGCUGUUCUGUCGGAAGAACUUUGAAUCGGAGCAGCCGGAGAGCGGGUUGCGCUUCGCCUGCAGCAAUGCUGCGGAUCCUUUGAUGGUUGGCGGCCAAUCUGGCACCAACUGCUGCGUGGCGUACGUGCUUUACAAUUUUGGACCGGCCGGAGAGGAGCGGAAGAAGCUGGUCCCGGUUAAACAAAAGUUGGCGGUACAGUUGUAACGUGAAACGAUGAAUCAUUAUAAAAUUUUUAAAGAGUGACAAUAUUAAUAAAAUAAGGAUUUUAAUUUGAUACA